AAUUUUAUCUCAUCUUUUGAUCACCAGUUUUUUGUUUUUCUUUCAACUUGUUUACAUUUUCAUCACAAUUUAAAUUGUUCCCAUGUUUUAAUUGCAGUUAAUUGUUCUAGAGCAACAAUUAGAUUUUCUAAAUGAUUAAUUUGGUUUCUCUCCAUCAUACUGAUUAACUGACCAUCAGUUUUCAUGUGCCUUUUAAUUGGAUCCAUUGAAGUGACAUCGAUAACAUUGAUUACAAUGUUUUUCCUAUGAUGUUUGUUAUUACUUAUCAUUGAUUGUUAUGGAUUAGAUUUUGAUUGUCUUUGGAUUUGAUCUUUUUUCUGAUUAUCUUUUUGAACAAUGUUUUCUAAUAACAAUCAAGAGGUUGGAGCAUUGGUUGAAAAGAUAACCACCUCUGGUCGAAAGGAUCUUGACCAAGAAUCAUGGGAAAAGCUUAAACUGAUCUGUAAACAAGAAGGUGAUUCAGUUGUGGAGCAAAUUUUUCACAUGUUAACCUUUCAACUGUCCCGAGGUCAUUCACAGAUACGAUUUUGUACCUUACUAUUAAUCGAUGAGCUUUUCCGGCGAUCUCAUUGUUUCCGAAAUCUUUUACUUCGUCACGACCAUUUAAAUAAUUUCGUUGAACUAACCUUAGGAUUGAAUGAAGAGAAACCUUUACCUCCACCAAAGGCCUGGGCCAAAGACUUGAAAAAAAAGUCCAUCGAGUGUAUUGACUUUUGGCACGAUAAGUUCAGAGGAUAUCCAUCAUUGAAGAGUUUAUAUUCCCACUUUUCAACUAAUUGUAUCAAUUUCCGUCAACGGGAGAUAGUCCGUCAAAAUGAGAGAGCUGCAGUUGAAGCGGAGAGACAACGAGAAUUGGAAACAUUGAAGAGAAAGAUGGAAAGAGUUAAUCAAAGAUUCGGUGAAAUUAAAAGUUCAUGUGAAUCUCAUAUCGUUCAAAUACUCAGUUGUUUCCAACUCUUGUAUCCUGAUAUUCAAAAGGAAGAUAUUUUCAGGUUAACUAACUGUUCAGUAGAGGAUUCAGAAAUCUCGAUAAUCUGAUCAGAUGUACCGGUUACAGUUCGACCUUAUAUCGAAAUUGUCAAAGAUUCGGACAAUGAAGGAGUUAUUCAAAAUCUUAAAGAUGUUUAUCAUGAUAUUGUUACUCAUGGAUUACCAAAGAUUAAGACAAUUUUAAAAGAUAUGGCGGAAGGACCAGAAUUUUGUAAAGAUGAGAUGAAAGAAGCGAUUGAUUUGAAAAGUAAACUGUUAAUCGCGAUACAAAAGUUCAUUGAGUUAAAAAUAAUCGAUAAGCCGAUUGACGAGGAUCAAGAGUCUGAAUCAAAGGAUAAAAAAGUAAAUUCAUCUGGAAACUUGAAGGAGGAGGACGAGGAGGAAGAAGAUGAUGAAUUUGAGGAGGUACAAGAAAAGGAAGGACUCGAAUCGAUUAUCCCUCAACAUCGACUCAAAGAAUAUGGUAUUAAUCCUGGAGUGGAAAUCGAUCCUAAUCAACCAUGUUCUUCUCGAAGUUCAACUGGUACCAUGUGUAAAGCUCCAUUGCCGAAUGGUAAACUAUGUCCUCGCCGUGAUGCUCGAAAAUGUCCCUUCCAUGGUCGUAUUAUACCUCGAAAUGAAAUGGGUGAACCUUUGAACGAAGAAGAUAAAAAAACUGUCGAACCAAAGAAAUCACCGGAUGAGGAAGUUCCUGAUUGGCAAGAUCCAGAAUAUUUAAAAGACUUAGAAGCUCAAAUUGGAAUUGAUCUAACGGUUCAUAAGAAAGUUAAAGGUCAAAAGAAACGAAUCAAAGUGAAAACACUUCAAGACAUUAAAACUUGCGACGAAACACCAAGGAAACGAUUGAAGAGGCGAAUCUUCAACAAAGAUGCUCAAGAAAGAUUAGCUCGAGAUCUUGAUCAUAUUGAUGAACGGAGAUCACUACAGUUUGAAGAUCAAUGGAAUUACGCUCUCAACAAUUAACCAAAUAUGCAAAUUCACCAAUCACCAGAAAGCUAAUUGAAAUACUACCAAUCAUUAAAAUACCAACAAAAUUAUCGUUGGUUAAUUUUAGUGUUUAUUUUUACUCAUCUAUCAAGACCAAAAGGAGUAGGAGGAAGAUGAUUAAAGAUACCAUCAUCUUUAUAUCCUCAUCAUCUUCAUCAUCAUGUAAACACAGAGAGGAAACUAAAUGAUAAAUAAUUUUAAUGUUAUACAAUUAGAAAGAAAAUCGAUAAAACUUUCAGGCCUAACCUGUUAUCCACCAAAGUUGGUAAAAAGGAUGAGGAUGGAGAAGAGGAAAUGAUGAUUAAAAAAAGAAAAGGUUAUAAAAAUAUUUUCUAAUUAUGAUAAUUAAUGUGGAAAGAAAUUAAUCUUUAAAUAAGGCAAACCACUAAUUGACUUGUAAAUUGUAUAUUCAGCUGAUCAGUUUAUUGGAAAAACAGGAAAAACGAAAUAUAGUUAAAAGUUUUUCGAGUAAAUUAAUCACACUGAUUUAAUUAUCUUCCAGUUUUCUUACAAACCUACUUGUGCUGUUUUUUAAUCUGUAUCAUAACAUUAAUUCUGGUUAAUUGUCUUCGUUUUGUAACAAAGUUAAUAUAAUAAUUUCCUCAUC